AUGCAGCUUGUUUUGCAGGCUUUGCUCAGCAGGGGAAUGAGCAACCUGCAGAGGCUGCUGAGUGACCUGAGUUCCUUAAUUCCAGAUGUGCCAAAGAGCCAUGAGAAUUCAAAGUUUGUGGUGGGUCAGGAUCAGCCCCUCCAGGAUAUUAAGCGCCUUCUGCUGUGCGAGUCUGGAAACACAAACGACAACUCAGGCAUUGUGGGGCUUUGCGGGAUGGGUGGCUCAGGGAAAACGACACUGGCGACUGUCAUUUGGCAUGACAAGCAGGUCGCAUCCCAUUUUAAGGGAAUUUCGUUUGUGAAGGUGUCACAUAUGGAGUAUUUGCACGGAUACCAACUUCAAAUAUGCAGGGAUCUGGAAGGUGACGCAAUGGCGGAACUUUUGGAACACAGAUCUGUGGAGGCCUGCACAAAAGAGCUCAAACAUCUUUUCAAAGAUCGCAAGGUGCUGCUGAUUCUGGAUGACUUGUGGUGCAGCGACCUUGAGGAAGUUGAGGGCCUUCAGGUGGUUAACCCAUUGAAUGGAAGCAGGAUUCUCUUCACAACAAGGUUCAGCAACCUGUUUCAGAGACGAUACCGUAUCUGUAAAUAUGACAUGCCAGACCUGACUCCAGAGGAUUCCCUGCAGCUCUUUUGCAUGAAAUGCUUUGGCGAACCGAAGGUCCCUGAUCAUUUUCACCAGCUGUCAGACCUUGUGGAAAGGGUUGCAAGGCAGUGUGGGGGCCUGCCUCUCUAUAUUGAGGUGAUUGGCAGUUCAGUGGCAUGUCAAGCCGUAGAUGCUAAAGAAGUGCAGGUCUGGGAUAAACUGCUGUGUGACAUUGACAAGAGCCUGAAGAACCCCUUGCCGAGCAGGAAAGAAGACAAGAUGCACCAUCGCCUGAAGAUCAGCUACGACUAUCUCCGGGACAAAGAGCGCAAAUGCUUUUUGCAUUUUGCCACAGUUGCCCCAAACUAUCGACUCCUGAUAUCCGAUGUUGUUGAGGCGUGGUCUGCCAUGAUGGGUAUCGAUGGUGGUGAAGCAUGGAGAAUCUUCCGGAAGCUGGUGCAGACAUCUCUGGUCAAGUUGGACAGCAGCGGAGCCCCUGGGCGUCAGCUUAAGGAUGCUGAAAUGGCCUUGCACUCGACAGGCUUUCGGGACCAUUUGGAGGGAACAUGCUACGUUCAUGAAGUCAUCCGCACCAUGGCCUUGGCAAUCCUGAGCAGGCGUUAUCCGGAAUUGUUGCACCGUGUGGGUGGUUCCACGCUUGUCAGUAACUUGUCUGCUGGGGGGUCAGACAGCAGUGCAGGAGAAAAUCCUUCACUCAACGACGUGGACAGCCUCUCAGUUGAUCAAGCCCUUGCAAUGACAGGCAGGGAAGCUGCCUUUUUGAGGGAUAAAAGAAUGACUUCGGUGCCAGAUUCCGUCUGCUUGACAACAAGUCUGCGUGUUCUAGACCUGAGCUUCAAUCCACUGGCAACAUUGCAAGACGAGAUUACGAAUCUCUGCUUGCUCCAGAUUCUUCGUCUUGAUGCUUGCCUGGAAUUGGAAGCCUUGCCUGACCGAAUCGGCGCCCUUGGGGAGCUGUUGGUUUUGUCUUUACGAUAUUGCUGUCAGCUGCAAAUGCUGCCAGCAUCGAUUGGAAAGUUGACCAAGCUUGAGGCUCUUUAUGCGCCUGGUUGCCUGUUUGGUGCCCUUCCAUUGACAAUUGGCAAUUUGACCAGGCUGCGUUUCCUUGAUGUCAGUUCCUGCACCAGCAUUGUGCAGUUGCCCCACGAUGUCAGCAGGCUCACCAACCUCGAAAAGGUGAACUUUGAUGGCAUGUGGAGUCUUGACAGACUGCCAGAUUUUGGGCCUUCGCCAAAACUGAGAGUCUUGUUGAUGGCCUGCUGCGCACAUAUUGAGGAAUUUCCCCGCAGCUUCUGCACCAACGUCAGCCACCUGGAGGUUUUGGACUUGCAACUGUGCAAGAGAUUGAAGUCACUUCCAGUAGAUAUAGGCAAAUUGUCCCAGCUGAAGAGUCUGUUCAUAGAGCACUGCAAAAAAAUGGAGCAGUUUCCACAGUCCAUGGAUGGAAUGUCUUCCCUGAAGGUGUUGGGUCUGGACACUGAGCCUGCUUACCACAGUGAAACGACGCAGCAAUUGGUGUGCCCAAGGGGCAGGAAGCUUUUCUUGAAGCGGGGGUGCCUCCCAGCGGGCAUCAUUAAGCGCAUAAGAGACGGGAAAGUGCAAUUAGAAUCCAAGUUCCGUGAGCACUCACUGGAGUUGUUGAAGAAGCUCAAAGGUUGGACCCCUCUGCAUGAAGCGAUAAAGCAGAGCCACGGAUCUGUGAUGGUGAAGCAGAUCGAGCAUUUCAAGCAGCACAAGGAUGCAAGGGACAAUGAAGGCAAAACGCCACUGCACUGGGCUGCGGAUUGGGAAAAACUAGAGGCUGUGGAGCAGCUCCUGAGUCGGGGUGCGGAUGCCAGGAUCAAGGAUAAGCGGGGCAACACGCCGCUCCAUGUUGCGGCGUUUCACGGGAAUUGCGAUUGUGCUAAGGCAAUCAUCGAGGCUCUCAUGAAGGCGCAUGCGAGCCCUGGAGUUCUUAACGAGGAUGGAUUUGCGCCCAUUCACAGCGCUGCGCAGAACGGGCAUGAAUCAAUGGUGAGCCUGCUUCUGUCCAAUGGCGUCAACGUGGACUCCCAAACAUCGGCGGGGAGCACCGCCCUGAUGCAAGCAGCGAAACAUAACCACCUAGAAGUCGGAAAUUAUCUGAUAGAGAAUGGAGCGAGUCUGGAUAUGCGAAACAAGCAUGGCUGGACUGCGCUGGCGUACGCAUCUUCUAGGAAGCACGGGGAGUUUGUGGCACUCUUGAUGGGUCGCGAAGCAGCCGUAUUCCAGCCGAACCAGGUUCCGCGUACUUUGAUGGAUUCAACUGGCGCCCGCUCCCCAACAGUGUUAUUGGGAACCUUCGAUAAUUCUGAUGACCCUUUCGAGCAGCAAGAGUCGUCGCACGAAUUCUUUUCCGUGGGAUCUUCUCAUCAGGUGCUGUCAGCAAAUACCAAACAUGGAGUACAAAUGGCAAUACAUGGCUUGAUAAACAAUUAA